AUGAAACCGGGAAAACAUUACCAAUACAAUAAGCAAAUCAUUCCUCUUAUAGUGGUAUGCACAGUGAUCAGCGUAAUAUCGAAAGAAAUUUGGCUCUAUUUUAUGAUGGACAUUCAGAGUGACUAUAGACUUUCGGUGACCACCAAAUCAAGAUUGAGAAAAAAUGGCGAAAAUUUGCAAACUCUAAAUUGGUCAAAUGCUCUUGAAAAAAACAAAUCCGAUGACAAGGUAAAAGAUAUUUUUAAUAAAUACCUUUACGACAGAAUUUCAAGGAAUGGAUCAACAGAGAAAGACGUUGAGAAAGAAUUCAUAUCAUUUGACGAAUUCGAAAGCCGAGAAAAGGAUUUAGAUCUUUUCAAAAAAUACGUUAAAAGUAUUAGCGAAGACGAGUUCCAUUCAUCUAUGAAAUUCAAGAAAUGGGGGCAUUGUAUACUACCCAUUCUGGAACCGUUCCAUCCUAGUAUAAACUCCAAAAUAAGGAAAUACCGGGGAAAUUUCCAAUACCCAUGUAAAACGAUCAAAACUCAAUUAGUUCGGUUGGAUGAUGGAAUAUUAAGGGUAAAGAAAGUAGAUUACCAAGCCAUAAUCAGCAACUCAUUAUCUUCCGAAGAUUUCAUUCGAUGCUUUUACAGGCCCAUUUUACGAGAUGAACAUAAUAAAGACCCUGAUAAUCAUGUAUAUCUAGGUAGACCUGUUUUAAUAGGCAACAAGGUCAUGAUAGGGGAGGAAGAAGAAUUUCUGUAUGUCUAUUGUAAUGAUCUUAACGGAGAAAUGUUGCACGAAGAUAUAUUAUCCCAAAUAGUUUACAAACCUAUGCCCAUAGGAAAUAUAUUGUCCAAGAAUACUCAAUAUUUUCCAAAAAUUUCUUUUAGGAAAAAUUUGCAUGGUGCUAAGAAUGUAAGUAUGAAAUUAAUGGAUGAACCAAUUAAACUUGAAACGAAAGAGCCAACUCCAACUUUGCUUUUGCCCGAGAUGAACGUAUUGAUGUUAGGAAUAGAUUCUGUUUCCCGGAUAAAUUAUCAUCGGCAAAUGAUAAUGACAGAAGAAUUCAUCGGGAAAAAUUUUGCCUCUGUAGAAUUUGAAGUCCACCACAAAGUUGGAGAGAACACUUUACCCAAUUUGAUAGUCCUAUUGAUGGGUCAGUAUUUCGAAAAAAUAGCCUGUGGGAUUAAUCAAGCUAAUGAAUGCAUACCUUCAGAAAUUAAUAUAACAUUUGAUGAGAGACGAGAGCUUGUGUGGAAAUAUUUCCAACAGAAGGGUUAUUAUACCCUUUUUGGAGAGGACACAGCCCAACAAGCCCUUUUCAGGAGGUUCAACAGGAUGGGUUUUACAAGUGUACCCGUUGAUUACUAUUACAGGCCUAUGUCUUUGCAUAUAAGAAGAUGGCAAUUAAUUAAUGACGAUAGUUUCUGUGCUUAUGGAGAUAUGGAACCUGUCAACUUGAUUUUAUGGGUUAAAGAGUUCUGCAACAAAAUGUACCAGUGGGGAAAACCUUACUUUGCAUUCACGUUUACUAAUAAGAUCACUCACAUGGAGACUCCCAAUCUAGGUUUCUUGGAUAGGCCUUAUUUGGACUUAUUAACUAACUUGUCCAAUGGCCAGGUAUUAAAUAAUACAGCUGUUUUCUUGUUCUCAGACCAUGGGAGCAGAUUCGAUCCCUUCAGGAAGACUUUUCAUGGCUCUUUUGAGGAAAGGCUACCAAUCCUCAAAAUUUUGAUGCCACGAUGGUUCCCACUAAAAUACUCUCACCUAUGGGAUAUCCUGAAAACAAACGCUCAAAUUUUGACAUCCCAUUUUGAUCUCUAUAGAACACUGAUACAUUUAUCAAAUCCAAGUUUGUAUGACCAAAAGAAUCAAAUAACAGAAGGUGGAGGAGGAAAAAAAGAAGAAUUUAUAGGACAAAGCUUAUUCAUUCCUUUGAGUGUAGGAAGACGCUGUCAAGAUGCUGGUAUAUCUAUCCAUCAUUGUGCUUGUAACAUUAACAAGAUCUUAUCUCCUAAGAAUCCUAGGAUCAAAAAACUUGGAAGGGCUAUUGCCCAUUAUGUGAAUAAAAAGUUAGUUGGCUACAGUGAUUUGUGCAUUAAAUGGACCUUUAAAAAAGUGCAAGCGGCUAAAAUGUCGCUGAAAUCUAGUUCCGAUCUAGACAUUACCAUAGAAGAAAACCUUAUGGGAAAUGAAGGAAACAUAACGCAGCGGAUGUAUCCCGUGGAGGUGGAAGCUUUAGAUAUAGAUGAGUUAUCAUCGACGGAAGGUUCGAACUCCGGUACUUAUAUACUCUCAGUGAUAUUAAACCCUAACGGGGCCUUGUUUGAAGGUACUCUCUCUAUCGAUGAUGGAGUUAUAAAAUUAAUUGAUGACGUGACUCGAAUUAACGUGUAUGGUACUCAAUCUUGGUGCAUAAAAAAUUAUGAUAUUCAACCUUAUUGCUUCUGCAAAUAUCCAAAACCUAACAAAUAA